AUGGGGUCCCCGGGCAUGGUGCUGGGCCUCCUGGUGCAGAUCUGGGCCCUGCAAGAAGCCUCAAGCCUGAGCGUGCAGCAGGGGCCCAACUUGCUGCAGGUGAGGCAGGGCAGUCAGGCGACCCUGGUCUGCCAGGUGGACCAGGCCCCAGCCUGGGAACGGCUCCGUGUUAAGUGGACAAAGGAUGGGGCCAUCCUGUGUCAACCGUACAUCACCAACGGCAGCCUCAGCCUGGGGGUCUGCGGGCCCCAGGGACGGCUCUCCUGGCAGGCACCCAGCCAUCUCACCCUGCAGCUGGACCCUGUCAGCCUCAACCACAGCGGGGCGUACGUGUGCUGGGCGGCCGUAGAGAUUCCUGAGUUGGAGGAAGCUGAGGGCAACAUAACAAGGCUCUUUGUGGACCCAGAUGACCCCACACAGAACAGAAACCGGAUCGCAAGCUUCCCAGGAUUCCUCUUCGUGCUGCUGGGGGUGGGAAGCGUGGGUGUGGCCGCGAUCGUGUUGGGCGCCUGGUUCUGGGGCCGCCGCAGCUGCCAGCAAAGGGACUCAGGAAAUGCAUUCUACAGCAACGUCCUAUACCGGCCCCGGGGGGCCCCAAAGAAGAGUGAGGACUGCUCUGGAGAGGGGAAGGACCAGAGGGGCCAGAGCAUUUAUUCAACCUCCUUCCCGCAACCAGCCACCCGCCAGCCGCACCUGGCGCCAAGACCCUGCCCCAGCCCGAGACCCUGCCCCAGCCCCAGGCCCGGCCACCCCGUCUCUAUGGUCAGGGUCUCUCCUAGACCAAGCCCCACCCAGUAGCCGAGGCCAAAAGCGUUCCCCAAAGUGGGAGAGGAGUAAGAGAUCCCAGGAGACCUCAACAGGACCCCACCCAUAGGUACACACAAAAAAAGGGGGGAUCGAGGCCAGGCACGGUGGCUCACGCCUGUAAUCCCAGCAGUUUGGGAAGCCGAGGCGGGUGGCACACUUGAGGUCAGGGGUUUGAGACCAGCCUGGCUUGAACCUGGGAGGCGGAGCUUGCAGUGAGCCGAGAUUGCGCCACUGCACUCCAGCCUGGGCGACAGAGUGAGACUCCGUCUCAAAAAAAAAAAAAAAAAAAGAAGCAGGAGGAUUGGGAGCCUGUCAGCCCCAUCCUGAGACCCCGUCCUCAUUUCUGUAAUGAUGGAUCUCGCUCCCACUUUCCCCCAAGAACCUUAAUAAAGGCUUGUGAAGAA